AUGGCGUUGUCGUUUUCGCCCCGGGCCGUCAGCGCCCUGUGUGGCUCUGCGCCGGCGUUGCCGCCGCGCCCGGUGCCGUGGGCCGCGGCGACCGCGACGUCGAGGUCGAGGGAGCUGCGGAGCAAAGGUCUCGCAGUGCUGGCCGCGUCGGCCGUGGCGCAGGUCACCCGGACACGGCCUGGUGCGGGCGCUGUUCCAUGGCCGGACAAGCGCCUUUGGGUGCGCAAGCUGCCCGAUGGCACUGCAGAGGUAUCAACGAUACGCAGUGCCGAUGCCUUCAUGGCCUUUGAUGCCUAUUCACAGCCAAGGCCCGGCACCCGUGAAAUUUGCCUCGGCGACCUUUGCUUCUUUUGCUUCGUAGGGCCCCGCCUGGGUGCUGAGCAUUUGGUCCUGUGGCGGCGAGUGGCAGAUGUUCAGGAGAGGGCUGAGCAGUACCAGGCGGCUGCAGCUGCGCAGACAGCAGGCAUGUCAGACACCGUGGACCAGGCGUUGCUUAGAGAUGCCCCGUUGCGGCUGACCAAGUGCUCGGAUAAGGCGCAGCUCACCGCAGCGGUCUGGCGCUGGGAAAAGCUGGACGAGAGGGAUCCCAAUCGCUACUGGGAGGUGGGCAAUGACUCCUGGAUGUAUUGGGAAAGUUUCUGGGCCCCAGCAGAGGACGCGGCGCUGGCGAUGGACAGCCCCGCCUUCGGCGACCUCAACGGUGUCAUGUUACAACCCACCCUACCCGCUUCGACUUUGUUGAUCGAUGCUGGCAACAGCAUCUUGGAUCAGGAUCUGCCUCAAGGAGCGGAAGAGGAGCGACGCGCACGGGCUGCCAUGAAGGACAAAGCGUAUUCCAUCGUCUAUGAAUACAACGUCUGGGGAAGCGACGUGUCGAGAUCUGGCACAGGCUCCGAUCUCUGGAGCCCGGAAGCACGCUUGGCCGUCACGGCGCUUGAGGCGGUGGUCGAUGCCUUUGGCAUUCGCAGCAUGUUGGACUGCGCUUGCGGAGAUGCCACCUGGAUGGUACCCUUCUUUGUGACACGACAUCCGGAGAUUCAGUACACGGGCGUGGACGUAGUGUCAGAGGUCAUUCAGAGGAAUCAGCAGCGACACCCGCGCAUCAAUUUCCUGGCACAGGACCUGUCAGAGAUGCCAUUGCCGCAGGGUGCUCAACUGAUUUUCUCGAAAGAGACGUUGAACCACAUGCAUUUGCAUGAUGCUCAACGGGCCCUGCAACAGUUUGCGCAGACGGGUGCACGGUAUCUCCUGACCAAUGUACACGAAGGUGUGGACAAUUUCGUGGGUGCCGAGAAGACUUGCCACACGACGUACAUCAAAUACGACUACGAGCUGCCCCCCUUUUCGCUGCCAAAGGUGCUCCGCGUCAACGAAUAUCAGGGCCUGGAGACGUCCUUCACCCUCUUUCAGCUCAACCCUGAGUGAAAAAUCUGCG